UCCUGAUGAAUCACAAACAAUUCAACAUAACUACUUGGAAAAAAUGGAAAAAAAAAUAUUUGCAAUGGCUUAUAUCUUUGAAAAUUCUUACCAAUGUUGUCAAAAAAUGGCAUAUAAACCAUUUAAGUGGCUAGAAGAUCCUAAAAUUCCUAAAUGCUGUAUUUGCAAUAAUUGUAAUAGAUGCAUUAUAGAUAACAUUACUUGGUGUAAUAUUAGUAAAGACUUGAUUCGAAUUUUAGAUACGGUAGACAAGCUAUUAAAAUUUUUGAAUGAUCUGAUAACACAGUUAGUAAAUUUUGGAUACAAUGAUAUUGUGGAUAUUUUUAUGAAAGCGAAAAACAAAAAUGUAAAAGAAAAAACUUAG